GAUUUUUUUGCGUACGUUGACGCUGUGUGAAUCGGGCUCUGGAGAAGGAUAGCGGGUCCUGCCACCCUAGACACACAAAAUAGCCGUCCUUCAUAUUAGCUGUGCAUUUGUCGUUUAUAGUUUGCACAACGUUUAUCUCAGUCGCGGCGCUGAGGCCUCUCGUCCUUAUUCGCUUAUGGGAGCUCUUUAGCUAACAUUAGCUAACUUGACGAUGACGACGAUGAUGAUGAUGAUGCAUCGGUGGAAUUAUCCCGGUGUCUCUGACUGAGAUGGAGCCAGCGACGCUCAAGUGGACUUGCUUGCUAGCUAGCUAGCGAGCUAACGGUGCGCCCCUGGGGAUUUACCGUGCCCGAGCAACCAUAGAUAACGUUAGCUAAAUGGGUACAACUGCGGUUUUAUCACGCGGGGUUUGUUGUAACGUUUUUAGACAUUUCCACUACUGUCCCUGGAUUUGGUCGAGACUGGCCAUGUUAACUAGCAAAAAAUGCUAACCUAACCGUUUAGGUUAGCUACACGUGACACAAUUUAUCUCGCUCCAACAAUUAGUUACAUCUCUGGCCGUCCUUGGAUGCUUCAGCGACAUUAAUCGGACGGUGUGUAUCAGGAUGGCACAGCUCUUGGACGGGGCCGGCAAACUGGGCUGGGUUCUGCUCAAGUCUGUGCUCCGUUUUGUGUUUAUGUUCCUCAACAACUGUGUAGCCAUCCCAUCCUACUGCUUAUACCUGCUGCUACUGCAACCGCUGAGAAUAUGGGACAGCUCCGCUUUCUGGCACAUUGAAGGAGUCAUGUUCAAAUGGUUGCUGGCCAUGGUGUCUUCAUGGGGCUGGAUUGCAGGUUAUACAAUAACGGAGUGGGGCGACGACGUACGGCCCAUCUCUGAAGAGGAAGCCAUGGUCAUUGUCAACCACCAAUCCACAGGAGAUGUGUGCACCCUCAUGAUGUGCUUGCAAGACAAGGGCACGGUGGUACGAAAAAUGAUGUGGUUGAUGGACCAUGUGUUCAAAUACACCAACUUUGGCCUAGUGUCCCUGAUCCAUGGGGACUUCUUCAUCCGACAGGGUAAAGCUCACCGAGACAAGCAGCUGGUCUACUUGAAAGAUCACCUAGACAAAUACUACCACAGCCGCGACAGGAAGUGGAUAGUUCUGUUCCCUGAAGGCGGCUUCCUGCGCAAGCGGCGGGAAACCAGCCAGUUGUUUGCCAAGAAGCAUUCGCUGCCCCACCUGACCCACGUCACAUUGCCUCGCCUCGGGGCCACCCAUGUUAUCCUGAAAACUCUGUCAGCUCAGCAGGAGAAUGGCAGCGUGGGCAGCGAGACUGGGAUCCCUAAUCAGACAGGUAAUAAACGUAAAGGCCUGCAGUGGGUAAUAGAUGUUACUAUAGCUUACCCGAAAGCAAGACCCAUGGACAUUCAGACCUGGAUCUUUGGCUACAGGCCUCCUACAGUCACGCAUGUGCACUACAGGAUGUACCCAAUAAAAGAGGUUCCUGUGGAGGCAGAGGCUCUGACUAACUGGCUGUAUCAGAGGUUUGUGGAGAAAGAAGAGCUGCUGGCCCACUUCUACGACACAGGUUCAUUCCCCCUUGAAGAAGGACAGAAGGAGGCAGCUUCCCGGCAGAUGACCCUCGACCCCGUGUGGCUGUGUAUUAUCCAGUCGUUUGCUUUCGCCUCCGGCUUCAUGUGGUACAGCGUUCUUCAGUACCUCUACUGCUGUUUAUUUUGAGCGCGCUGACGAGAGGCGACAGUCGUUAUCGGACCACUGGAGAAGCCUCGGGAUCAGUUGGUGUGUGGCCUAGCGUCAUACUUGCCCCCUACGAUGGAUGAAUGUACAUUUAAAACAGUGGAGAGACGGGAAACAAAAAAACAAGUACACAAACACACAGAUUACAAAAACUCAGACAAGAUGAAACUGGUCGCAGGCAUAGCUAACUCGCACACAGCCCUAACUCCACACACUCGCUCCAACGGCCUAGCAGAAUAAUGUCUCACACUCGUCACGACUCACAUUUUGAUGUUUACACGUCCUCAUACACGUAGACGCUCACACGUACAUAACUUUUUAUUCGAAGUUAACGAAAAUGAGGCUCAGGACUCCUCCAGAAGAUGCUCUGGACUGGACUCCCUCUCUCUUCCCCUCCUAGGCUUUAGCCAUAGUAGUUUUACAGAGUAUAAAGUAUGUAUGGACGUGUGUGUGUGUGUGAGUGAAUAUAUGUGACUAGAAGCAUAAUGUCUGCCCUUAUUCUUCUUUCUGGCGAGAGUUGAUGAAGCCCACUGGACCUCUUCUUUCAGCCCGCUGACGAGCCAGCUGGCCACACCUUCCAGAGCGAGCGGCUGUAUGAACGCUGAGGCUGUGCAGCCGGCCACUCUUCUGGCCUUCAUUGCACUAAGGAUCCAUACUGCCCUAACUGCUCCCGGUCCCAGGAAAUACUCCUGGGUGGUAGCUGUCAAUGUUUUAAUUUCUUUUGUUUUCAUCCUCUUGACCUGCAUAUCUCCACAACAACAGCCAUUGUAUUUGUUGUUGGUGUCUAUUUUUGUUGUUGUUGUUUGUUUUUGUUUCCUGUUUCUGCCUGCCUGUCUGUCGAGGCAGUACUCUGAGCUCACUGAGAAAGGGGGAUCAUGUUUACACUGGCAGCCCUGCUGAAAGCCUAAAGGGAGUGGUGGCUAUGAUGUGGCGCUUGAUUAACAAUUGUUUCUGUGUCAGACGUUGCAGGAAGUAGGAGGAGGCGGUGUUGUAGUGCUACUUAAAAAAGAAAGAAAGAAAGAAAAAACUGUGGCGGCAACACAGGGCAAGAAUUGCAGUUUUAUCAGUUGAAAGGUUAUUCCCUCUUUGUGGAUUCCUCUUUUUACCCUCUGCUUUCCACAUGCACAUGCACAUCUUUGUAAUUCUAUUCUUGUGAGGACGCUCAUUGAUAUUAUACCCAGCCUCUCAGCCACACUUCAACAGUUACAACUAAACGCCCAACCCGAAUGCUGAGCCUAACCCAAAGCUAACCCUUAAAACCGAGUCUCAGACAGCCCUGUGAAGGUGUGUCCCAGUGUUCUCUCUUUCCAAAAAUGUCCUCACUCAAUUCAGUUCUCACAAAGAUAGAUUUACAAGUACACACACACACACACACACUCACAAUCAGAUACACACGUGCACACAGAGUCAUGUGCAGCUUCACACAGCAGAGUGGACAUUCGUCUCAAAGGGUCAUCUCAGCGAAACAGACUGAGAAGGCAGAGACUCUUAUUCCCCCACUGGACUACUUAGUUUUACAAAUAUUUAAGCCAUAUGCUUAGUGUCGUCAGGGUGGGUAAAAGACGUGGAAAAAAAUAUGACUUUUAUAGAAAGGUACCCUGCUGUUCAGCAUUCUAAAAAUAGAGAUUUUGGCUUACGGAACUAUAGGUGUCAUUACUGUAAAUUUACAGCAUAACCUGCCUAAGUGAGUGUGUGUGGUUGUCUCUCCCGUUCUUCUCCAUUUUUGAUAUAUAUGAUUCAUGUCGUGUUGCUCUGUGACGUCAGAGUGUGGCGGCAAUUUCAAAUUUGAUUUCAUUUUAAAUUACAUGAACUGUCGUCCUCAUGUCAUGGUAUGUUUAAAUCUUGUACAUAACAAAGCUGAGGAAGAGUUUUGAUUGUUGGAAAUGACUGCAGCUUUUCUCUCUUUUGGUCCGUGAUAAGAAGAUGAAGAUUUUAGUUUAAAAUAUCAUGAAUGUUUUUUGUUUGUUUGUUUGUUUUUUUUGUUUUUUUUUUAAUGAAAGCAAAGAUUUUCCCUUCACUUUUCAGUGUUACCAUGUAUUUUUAUUUUAUUUUAUUUUGAAUUGUUGUGUGCUUCAAGUUAUUAGAGCCACUAUUCGUCUGUGUGCUUGCUGGCAAACGGUUUGCACAGCAACAUGCGGGCACAGUUUCAUUUCACGUGAUCAGGAUUUAGUGGAAAACCUCAACUAUCAGGCCCUACCUGAUGUCCUGGUAGACCACAAUCUCAAUUUAUGCUGUUUUCUCACAGCAUGUGUUUGUUAAACUGCUAGUUUCAUGGUGUCGAGCUCAAACCCAUGAGGAGGAAGGGAUCUCUCUUCACUUCGAGGGAAAUUCUGUCAGGGCCCGGCAAUGACGCAGCUGUUCUCUCUUGAACAAACUUGUGUUGUGGCUCUGAGGUCAAUUAUAUGUAAUUUUCUUAGACAGCUUUAAUUAGGAUAAUUAUAGAGGGGCGGCUAUUAUCGUCACAAACAAAUGCAUAAAAGGUGCAUUUUAUUAGUAUACUGCCCUCCCUGUGUGCCACCCUGGGUAGAAAAUUUGUGAAAUGCAAAAAAAAAAAAAAAUAAUAAAAGUGCUACCUGACUGGGUAGGUUAACAUUUUAAAUCAGGCUGUAAGUGUGAUUCAUCCAGCGGCCCUUUCAGAUUCCCCUCCAUCAUGAGAGUGACUUAAAGGCCCCCCCACCCCCACCCACACACCCACCUUUUCUUUUUUUUUAAUUUUCUGACUAUGUUUCCAAAGAAGGCAGGGGAAUAAUGUUUUCCUAGAUGUGGUUUUAGGAAAUAAACACAAUAGGGAUUUAAACAAAUUAUACUAGAACUGUCUGUAAUUUUCCAUUUUGUACUUCUCCUUUAAUUCCUAGCUACACAACCAUUUUACAACACAAAAGACUUGUGCUGGAAUAAAACAUCAUAAAGAUCCUA